AUGAUGGCGGCAAUCAAGAGAUUUUUCGGAGUGCGUUUCGUGGGUCUCGGACUCCUAGUGUUUGGCCUGUUAAUUGUGCUGGUCCAGAUGCUUGCUUUGAAUAGACUCUCAUCCCAGCCAGCCUCCAAACUGCCCUGGGAGCUGGAGGAGCCACAACUAAGACCUCAGGGUGUUCGGGUACCGUUGUCAGCAGGUACGAUUGAAACAAAGAUACUUCCCAUAAGAACCAACACCUCUCGUUCUUCCUCUAAGGGGUGGAGUUUCCCCAAGUCCUCUCCCUCAGUUUUGUCUCCUCCUACACCCUCCUCCAAUAAAAUAGAUAGUCUGGAAACAUCUCCAAAGUUCAUACAGUCGUUUACACCACACCCACUCCCAGAGAAAGCCGCUAAAGAUUGUGACAAAGUCCUUGAAAGUAAAAAAGAUGCUCUUUCAGCCAUUUCCAGAGCAAAGAGCAACGAGUGCAAAACUUUUAUCCGGAAUGUGACCUGUCUGCAGCAUUCCGGUCUACUGUACAGCAGGGAUAUACCGCAAGAGUGUCCACUCGGCUCUUUUCGCGGUCAUGACUUCAAGUAUCUCCCGUUCUCGCUUGGGACUGGUCCUCCGAUACGAAUAGUGUACCUCCUCUCGAUACACGGACGUGCCGUGCGACAGGUGAAGCGACUGCUCAAGGCUAUUUAUCAUGUUGAUCACUACUAUUACGUCCAUGUUGACUCGAGAUCAGACUACCUCCACCGGAAACUUUAUGAAGAUCUUUACGACCUCCCUAACGUAUAUUUCCCCACUUGGCGUAUGGCUACAAUUUGGGGUGGAGCCUCACUCUUGCAGAUGUUGCUACGGGCGAUGGAAGACCUGCAGUUUGUUCUCACGGACUGGAAUUGGGACUACUUCAUUAAUCUCAGUGAAUCUGACUACCCGUUGAGGACCAAUGACGAGUUGACUGGUUUCCUGAGAGUGCACAGAGGUAGCAACUUUAUCAAGACUCAUGGUGGAGACAUCAAAAAGUUUAUUCAGAAGCAGGGCCUGGAUCGUACGUUUGUUGAGUGUGACAAUCACAUGUGGCGUGUGGAUAUGAGACCCCUCCCCUCUGAGAUUACGGUGGACGGAGGGAGCGAUUGGAUUGUCCUUCACAGAAACUACAGCCGGUACCUGGUAGCAGACAAGAGCAAAUACCUCACUGAUAUCAAAAAAUACUACGAGUUCUCACUCCUGCCUGCUGAGUCGUUCUUCCACACUGUGAUCCGCAAUGGCCCAAUGUGUGAGUCGUUAGUUAGGAGCAAUCUGAGAGUGACCAAUUGGAACAGGAAGUUGGGUUGUCGCUGUCAAUACAAGCACAUAGUGGACUGGUGUGGAUGCUCUCCCAACGACUUCCUCGCCAAGGAUAUAGGACGCCUCAAAAGUCCUGGUAACCACCAUUUCUUUGCCCGCAAGUUCGAGGCUAUUGUGAGUCAAGAGAUCAUCUUUGGAUUGGACACUCACUUGUACGGUCCCCUCCCAGAGACCACACCCUCCCUUCGUUCUCACUGGGAGAGCGUCUAUCAUAUCGACGAUGAUGUCACCAAACCAUCGAAUGCACGCUUUAGCACAUAUCAGUCGUUUCUCCGGCAGAGUUUGAAGCUGCUAUACAACGAACAGGCGGACAAAAGUGGGGGUAGUGAAUGUGGUAUUCCGAAACAAGCCGUUGUGAAAGAAGUGCAUGUGUUACGAGAGAGAGACGAGUUUAAGGGUGUGGUUGUGACGCUCAAAGAUGCAAUGUCGGAUAGUUUCAAUCCCCCUGAAUUUGAGAUGCUGUUUGAACGGGUCUCUUACUUCGAGAGGAUGGACACGGGUGAUGACAUCAACCAGAGAAUACAAUCACUUGAGAUUGGCAGUGAAUGGGAUGGCAAAGAGAGCAUAUUCAGAAACUAUCCCGGUAUCAUAGGAGUGUGGGACGAGCCGGUGGCAGCCAUAAGACUGACAGCUGGUCGACAAAGCACUGUCCAUAUCAUUUGGGACGAUCCCCUUGGCCUGAGAAUAGCAAAUUUUCCAAUGAAAAUUGAAGCUGCCUGGAUUGUCACUUACCACAAACCGAAACUAGAGCUCCCAAUUCGACCUGGAGUAUGGACUGUCCGUUUAGAACUUCUGGAAGGCACAUUAUUAAUGAAAACCAAGCUCCUAGUCGUCCCCAUGACCCAUCACAACAAAGAAGUAUUGGGGUCACCGCAAACAGUCAAUGCAAAACGAUCUCUCACUGUGCAACCGAAUGCGUUGAUUUCUCAGGAAGAGUACACUCAGUGGAAGGAGAAUGUCUCAAAGUCUGGCCUAGAGUUAGAGAAAUGGAUGGACAGUUUAGUGAAAGACUAUUGGACGAUUGACAACUACUGUAGAAUUGACGCAGGUCAGAGUGGGGGGGAGCAGUGUACGUGGGUACAGAAUUGUGCCUCCACCAACUGGAGUACAUUCUCCCCUGACCCUAAAACUGAAAUAGGAGAAAUUAGAACUAAUGGCAGAAUUAGGUGAUCAUUGUUAUUCCUUCUUUAUUUUUUUAUCUCUUGUUGUAAUACAUGCAAUGCCAUUACUGACAAUCUACCACAAGAAUGUUAAUUAAAAGGA